AUGGAAGAUCCUAUAGUGAUAACUACUCAAGCUCCACCUGUUGCUCCAGUUUCCUCUGCUUUGGAUCAGAGCUGCCCCUUCUUCUUGCAUCCUUCUGAUUCUCCAGGGUUGCUACUCAUUCAAACUCCUUUUGAUGGGACUGGUUAUGGAGCUUGGAGGAGAUCCAUGCUUAUUGCUUUUUCUGCAAAGAAUAAGCUAUGCUGCAUUGAUGGAUCUUCUCAGGUUCCUUCAUCUCUUUCUCCUGAUUUCAACCUUUGGAAUAGGUGUAAUGAUAUGUGGAAGGAUCUUGAGGAUAGAUUUGGACAAACUAAUGGAGCUCAACUCUAUCACCUGCAAAAACAAAUCAUUGAUUUAACUCAAGGGACCUCAGAUAUUGCAGGUUAUUUCACUAGGUUCAAAAUACUUUGGGAUGAGAAUGACACCUUGUAUAACAAGGUUACUUGCUCCUGCACGUGUACCUGUGAAGGAAAGGAGAAGAUGUUGAAAUCUCAACAGGAUGAGAGGUUGAUUCAAUUUCUUAUGGGGUUGAAUGAUGCUUAUGCACCUAUGAAAAGCAACAUUCUUAUCAUGAACCCUCUUCCCAGUGUUAAUCUUGCUUAUUCUUUGAUUCUUCAAGAUGAAAAACAGAGGGAAGCUUACAAGAAUCCAUCUUUUCCAGGAGAACCCUUUUCUUACUUGGUUACUCAACAAGUCAGUCAUCAGCCUAGCACAAGGUUCUCCUGUCCUAAAUCCACCCAAUCUAUUGACUCAAAGGCAAGAAAGAAUUUGGUGUAUUCCCAUUGCAAGAAGCCAGGACACACCAUAGAAAAAUGCUACAGAAUCAUAGGAUUCCCAGCAGAUUUCAAGUUCACAAAAGGUUCCAGGACACAUAGGACAUUAAGAGGGAAUGCUGUGAUGACCCCUGAAUUUGUCCCCAUUUCAGAUAACCCUUCUCAGGUUUCUUCCAUCUCUCAAGAUCAAUUCACCCAACUUGUCAAGCUUCUUCAAAAUGUACAGAUCAAUGACACGGGGAUCUCAAAUUCAACUAUCCAUGCUAAUGUCCUCCAGUGUGAUGGCCUUUCAAUGAAGAUCUCUCUGGUUGGUAAAGCAAGAACAAGAGUCUAUAUCUUUCAUACAACAAGUUCUCAAUCACGCUUUUUCUUCAAGUCUCAAUUAGAUCCUAGUUCUAGUAUUUCCAACUUUGUUUCUAGCAGUACUUUUGGACCUGUAAAAUCCCAUUCUCUGGUGGCAUUAUGGCACAAUAGAUUGGGACAUCUACCUUUUCAUGCAAUGAAAAAAUUGAGUUUUAUUUCUUCUUUAAUCAAUGAAAAUUGUUCUUGUGAUGUAUGUCCUUUGGCUAGGCAAUCUAAGCUACUUUUUUUCCAUAGUUCUAUUAAAAGUUUAGCUGAGUUCGAUUUGCUACACCUGGACAGUUGGGGACCUUACAAAUCACCCACUCAUGAUGGUUAUAGAUACUUCCUCACCAUAGUGGAUGAUUUUAGUAAAAUGACUUGGACAUAUCUUUUAACCGCUAAAAGUAAUGCUUUCCCAGUUUUCAAAUCUUUCAUAGCUCUGAUUGAAAGACAAUACAAUGCUAAGGUGAAAAUUGUAAGGUCUGACAAUGCUUUAGAGCUUGGGGGUGGUUCUCUUCUUGCUGAAUUUUUUACCACUGCUGGCUAUCCACCAGAUAAGAAAGGGUACAAAUUACUAGAUUUGAAAACCAGGGUUGUGUUUGUUUCCAGGAAUGUGAGAUUCCAGGAAAACAUAUUUCCAUUCUUGUCACAUUCCACACCAUCUAUUUUCCCAACCACUCUUUCAUCUGCAACUGAUGACUUACCAUCUACUACUCUGUCACCAUACUCCACACAACCUGAGAUAGCUUCACCUAGUCCUGAUCAACAACCUCCUGAUCCUAGUCCUCCCACCUCUUCUCAAAAUGAUCUACCUUCUAGUUCCGACUCUUUUACUCUUGUUCCUGCUGAGCCAACCAAAAGAUCAGAAAAGCAACACAAGAAAGCUAUGGAAGCUGAGUUUGAGGCCCUUGAGUCCAACCACACUUGGGACGUCAUUGAAUUACGGAUUGAUAAGAAGGUCUUGCCAUAUGGCAUACUGGUCACAGGGAACGAUGUUGCAGAGUUGCACAGUCUCAAGAUAUUCCUUAACACAGAAUUCAAAAUUAAAGAUUUGGGUACCUUGCAUUACUUCCUGGGUAUGGAAAUCCUUCAUGAAUCUCAAGGUUUGAUCAUUUCCCAAUGUAGGUUCACCCUUGACCUCCUCUCAGAAUUCAAAUGUGACUAUUUGCUUCCGGUUUCAUCUCUUUUGGACCCUUCUUUCAAAUUAACUGCUGAUUCAGGGGAUCUUUUACUCAACCCCACCAUCUAUCGGAGGAUAAUUGGUCGUCUCAUUGGUUGUCUCAACUAUCUCACCCACACACGGCCAGAUAUUUCCUUUGCCGUUCAACAUCUCUCUCAAUUCAUGCACUCUCCUCGCACACCUCACUACAAUGCUGCUCUGCGUGUUCUUUGUUAUUUAGCCUUGACCCUAGUCAAGGUUUGCUCAUGUUGUCCUCUCUCUCUUUUUCUCUACUCGCUUUUUGUGAUGCCGAUUGGGCAUCGUGUGUUGACUCCCGACGUUCAAUCAGCGAAUUCUUCAUCAGUUUAG